ACUCGUCAAUACCUACUUUAUCAUAUCUACUUUUAAAUUUGAUAUAUAAAAAAAAAAGGUUACCUCGAAUAUCCAGAACUGCAAAUGGCUAGUCACUUUGUGCUGGUUCAUGGCGCGUGUCACGGAAGCUGGUGUUGGUACAAGGUGGCCACAUUGCUCAAGUCUGCAGGUCACACGGUCACGGCCGUGGACCUUGGUGGUGCUGGAAUCAACCCGAAGCAGCGCCACCAGCUGACUACUUUAGCUGACCAGUUAGAGCCACUGAUGGAGCUUAUGGCGGCCCUGCAGCCAGAAGAAAAGGUGAUCCUGGUGGGACACAGCAUGGGUGGGAUCGCAGUUUCAAUUGCUGCAGAAAAGUUUACAAAAAAUGUUGCUGCAGCUGUUUUUGUCGCUGCUUUCAUGCCUAAUCCUGAUUUCAAUCUUCAUCAAUUUUAUCGGCAGUUGUUCAACUCACAGCCAGACAGCAAUGACAAACAAGUCACCGAAGCUGGCGUAUUAAAUUUCCAGGACAGCAGAUUCACGUUUGAGGAAAGAGAAGAUUCAAGUUCGUUCCUCUUCAGACCCAACAUUCUCAGAUCCACCUUGUAUCAACUUUCUCCACCGGAGGAUCUGACACUUGCAUCGUCAUUAGUUAGACCAAUGCCAAUUUUUCGAGACCAUGCGUCUCUAAAGGCGGCUGAACUUACAAACAAAGGUUAUGGAUCCAUACGCCGAGUUUACAUAGUGAGUCAAGGAGACUUGAUAAUACCCGAGAAGAUUCAAAGGGAAAUUAUUCUGGAUUAUCCACCUCAGGAUGUGAAAGAGAUAAGUGAUUCUGAUCAUAUGGUAAUGUUUUCCAAGCCUCAAGAACUGGACUCACUUCUGCAGGUUGUUUCCGAGGAAAUGUAACCGAAUCAUCUCAUGAAAGAAUAACUGAGGACAACCUUUUGAUCAUGAUCAAAUAAGAAGCCGGGGCCUGAGAAUUUGAGACACGUUGAUAGAUUUGCAUUUUGCAAUCAAAAAGUUAUUUAUAUUUAUCGGUAUUUAAAAUGUCUUUGGUGAGAUUAUCCUGUAAUGCAUUACGUUACACUUUUACGCAUCAUAAUUCUUUCUGUAGGGUAUCUUUCUGUUAGGUGUUGGACUGGAAAUUUAAUCCAAUAAAUAUAUGGAUUAGAAAUAUUCCCUCCAUCCCAAAUUAGAUGGCCCCGUUGACUUUGGGCACACAAUUUAAGGUUCAUUGACCGCAUAGUUACAUGAUUUAUUUUUAAAA